AUGUUCAUGGAAAAUCAUCAAGAUCAAGAAAAGCUCCAACCUUCCCCUGUUUUCAGACAAGCAAAUUUGUGGGUCAAGCUCAAAAUCCCCAUAGAAGUCCAAAGAUUGGAUCUUUUCAAAACCCAUGAUCACAUAUCCAAGAAUUCUUGCCACAACACCAAAAAAAUGGCAUCUUGUCGAAUUUGUCGUAAAGCCUUCGACUCGGAGAAAGGCUUAGCCGGUCACAUGCGAGUACACUCUCGAAAAGCCGAGGAGGAGAGACUCAAACUCAAACCUAAAAAACCCCUUAAGAAAAAAACCAUUAAGAUCAAGAAUUUACAAGAAGAUGAUUCACAUGGUAUAAUCAAGAAGAAACCGGUUUGUGUGGUAUGUGAUCGCAGUUUUUCUUCGUUGAAAUCUUUGUAUGGCCACAUGAGGUGUCAUCCGGAUCGAGAUUGGAGAGGAAUAAACCCUCCCAAAAGCCCUUUUUUUUCUCGUUCGUCGGCUCGCAAAACAGAUGACACAUUUGAAGAAAACGACGAAAAGGGAUGUUUUAAAGAUUGGGAGGUGAAGGCAAGAAGAGGGCGACAGGGAAAGACGUUGAAAUCGAGAAAUUCCGAGCAUUUGAGCUUGAAUGAGCUGAAAAGGCCGGUGAAGAACGUGAAAAGAAGGAAAAGAUUGAAUCUUUGCAACUUGAAGCCGUUAGAAAAGGUUGGCCCCGUUCAUGAGAGUAAGAAAAUGCUCGAUUUCGAUCUAAACGAGCUGCCUCCUUCAAUGUCAGAGGAUGAAAAAGCUGGUGUUUGA